ACUAAACUGAAUAAAACGCCCAUUUUUCUCGGUCGAUGAGUUUUUUUAUUUUUAUUUUUAUUUUCUUUCUUCUCCAGUUCUUCGCAGAACUUUGGAUUGGUUCGAUUUGCCAGCCUAUAUACUACAACCUCUUCCGAUUUUCGUCGGCUUUGCGAUGCUUUGAUGCGGUGAUACUAGCUUAAUCAUAUGCAUUCGGUGCUUAUUCGCUACAAUCGUUUCGCUCAAAUUUUGUCGAUUGUAUCUGUAUGAGGCUAGGAGUUUGUUGCAAUCAUAAAGCCAAAUUGCAUAGGCAUUGCAAUGAAGUGCUGAUAUAUUACUCUUAACCAGAAAGAUUAUCAAAAUCUUCAUAUUGGGUUAAUCCAAAGCCAGGUAUCAAAAUCUUCACGUUGGAUUAGUCAAAAGGCAGUUCUUGUUUGUGGAUAAACAUGCAGAAGUCAGAACUCAACUUCCCACCCUUCCUAUAGAAUAGAAGAAAAUUUUGGACUGUUUUAGAAGGGUUUUGAACUGCUUUUAAUGGGGGCUCCAAAGCAAAAAUGGACUGCUGAAGAAGAAGCGGCACUGAAAGCUGGAGUAAUGAAACAUGGGGCAGGAAAGUGGCGCACAAUACUUACAGACCCAGAGUUCAGUGCUAUUUUGCGCAUGCGUUCAAAUGUAGAUCUGAAGGAUAAAUGGAGGAAUAUAAAUGUGACUGCAAUAUGGGGAUCCAGACAGAAGGCAAAACUUGCACUUAAAAGGAACCUACCAGCCCCCAAAAAUGAUAACAACCAUAUGGCCCUGAGUACUGCAGUUCAACAUGGUGAAGAAGUUCUUGAUACUAAGCCUCUAGCAGUCGCUGGUGGAAUGUCACAGUCUGCUAAUCCAAAAGAACAAAUAUCUAGGUUGGAUAAUCUUAUAUUAGAGGCUAUUAUCAAUUUGAAGGAGCCAAAGGGUACUGACAGGGCUGCUAUUGCUGCUUACAUAGAGGAGCAUUACUGUUCUCCACCGAACCUCAGAAAGUUAUUGUCAACAAAACUGAAGCAUAUGGUGGCUAGUGGCAAAUUGACUAAGGUAAAACACAAGUACAGGAUCGCUCAAAGUUCUGCAAUCUCUGAGAAAAGAAGAUACUCUAAUUUGUUACUCCUGGAAGGGAGGCCCAAAGAUUCUCCAAAAGCGGAGAAGACCAAUGUCAACAUCCUUUCAAAAUCCCAGAUUGACGCAGAGCUAUCAAAAAUGAAGGGCGUGACAGCCCAAGAAGCUGCAGCAGCAGCUGCAAAGGCAGUUGCUGAAGCAGAAGCUGCAAUUGCUGAGGCAGAGGCAGCAGCUAGGGAGGCAGAGGCAGCAGAAGCUGAAGCUGAGGCCGCACAAGUGUUUGCAAAAGCAGCAAUGAAAGCACUAAAAUGCAGAACACUGCAAAUUUGAUGGUGUGAACUUCAGGCAGCAUCGUCACCAGCUUUCCUCUAUUACGUCUCCUGCCUGUAUUCAGUGACUGUACAUUUUAUUACAAAAUACGGGCUUGUAAAUUCGCAAUAUGCGGGAUUGAUGGGUGAAACAUUUUGUUAGACUUUUGAGGUCGUUAUAAACGUUAGUUUGCGCCCUUUUACUUGUGGCUAAUGGAAGAGUUCAAGGUAACGAGCACAAAA